GUCGGGGGUCAAAAGGCUACCUGGGAGUCACGAGUCAAUUGGCUGAAAGUGGAAAUCUCGGAAAGCUGCAAUCAUUAAAGCUGCAGUGUCCAUCAGUCAGUCUGGUGAUGGAACAACGCAAAGUUCAGGUUCCGACUCUUUCCUUCAGUGUAGAGUCGCUUAUUGCCUGCGACAAAAGAACCAAGGAGCGGCGGAAAAGUUCCGAUUAUUCGGUCGGUCAAAGUCACAACUCAUCGAACCAAAGUGCGGAAACUUCACUCAAGUCGGAAUCUCCGGAACCGGACGAGACAGAAACAGACUGGUCACCUGGAUGUCCGCAUUCACACACACGACAGGUCAGUCCGCAGUGCACACUGCGCAAACACAAGUCUAACCGCAAGCCACGCACACCCUUUACCACAGCUCAGCUACUGGCACUUGAGCGCAAAUUCCACCAAAAGCAGUAUCUGUCUAUUGCUGAGCGUGCUGAGUUCUCCAGCUCCCUCACACUUACAGAGACUCAAGUGAAGAUCUGGUUCCAGAACCGUCGUGCAAAGGCCAAGCGACUACAUGAGGCAGAACUCGAGAAAAUCAAACUGGCUACUAAAUCUCCUCUGACACCAUGUCCAUCCUUUGCUGUGGCACUGCCUGUUGGGCAACCGCUCUAUAGCAACUCAUUUCCUUACCAGAGGCCUCUGGUGCCCGUUUCACCACUCGGAGUGUACGAAACAUCGCUGGGAUUUGGCCUGUAUCACCUGGCAUGAUUGGAUAUAAUGAAAACAACCAAAAACUUGAACGAAUUUGUGAAUGCAAAACACUGGAUCAAUCUGAGAUCUCAAAAGUGCCUAAAUGAACCCUUUACCUUGCCAAACUGAUUUGAUAUCAUUACUUUGGGGUAAUGAUAUGGGGGGGGAUACUUUUAGUAUCAUUACUAUCAUUACAUUGCUCUGUAUUUUUGUGUAAGUUCAUUUGUGUGUACAGCAUUUAAUUUUUAUUAAUCUUAAUGUAAUGUAUUGUAAUUCAAAUUAUUCUUUAUAUUCCAAAUAUGGAUUUUGUUCUACUGAUGUCUGUUGUUUUAAAUAAUUGCUUUUAGGUUGAUCAGCUUUGUACAUCGAUCUAAAAACAAACUGCAGGUUAAUUGUCAAAGCAGAUGAAACUUGGGCUAGGGAUAAGUGAGGGUUUUUGGAUAUAACAGAUCUUUUGUGCGGUUAUUUCAUAAAACAACAAUUUAUUUUCCCAAGAACAAACAAUGUAGAAAAAUUUAUACUAGUUAUUUCUUUUUACAUUCUUUUGGCUCAAAUAUUAUUUUUGUACUUUGUACAUAAAGUAUUUUUUCCUCCAAGACCUUUGAAAAUGGUCACAUUGUACAGAUAAAAUGGAUCAAAGUUUAUUUUUUCCCCCAAUAGACAAUAAAAUUAUUACCUGUGGAUUUACCAUUAUAUUGUAAAAAAUUCCUUC